AUGAAUGUUCUAUUAUGUUCUAUCAACACACUACUAAAAGGGCUAUACGAUAUAUCUGGUGUGGAAGUUGGCCAACAUUUCUAUUGGCAAAUAGGAGGUUUUCAAGUCCAUGCCCAAGUACUUAUUACUUCUUGGGUUGUAAUUGCUAUCUUAUUAGGUUCAGCCAUUAUAGCUGUUCGUAAUCCACAAACGAUUCCUACUGACAUUCAGAAUUUCUUCGAAUAUGUCCUUGAAUUCAUUCGAGACGUGAGCAAAACUCAGAUUGGAGAAGAAUAUGGCCCAUGGGUUUCCUUUAUUGGAACUUUGUUUCUAUUUAUUUUUGUUUCGAAUUGGUCAGGUGCUCUUUUACCUUGGAAAAUCAUACAGUUACCUCAUGGGGAAUUAGCCGCACCUACAAAUGAUAUAAAUACUACCGUUGCUUUAGCUUUACUCACGUCAUUAGCAUAUUUCUAUGCGGGUCUUACCAAAAAAGGAUUAGGUUAUUUCGGUAAAUACAUUCAACCAACUCCAAUCCUUUUACCCAUUAAUAUCUUAGAAGAUUUCACAAAACCCCUAUCACUUAGUUUUCGACUUUUCGGAAAUAUAUUAGCUGAUGAAUUAGUAGUUGUUGUUCUUGUUUCUUUAGUACCUUUAGUGGUUCCUAUACCUGUCAUGUUACUUGGAUUAUUUACAAGCGGUAUUCAAGCUCUUAUUUUUGCAACUUUAGCUGCGGCUUAUAUAGGCGAAUCUAUGGAGGGUCAUCAUUGA